UCUCCCCGUAGCGCUCUCUCCGUCCUCCCGUCCUCUCCUAGGGUUCGACGCCUUCGCCAGCUCGCGGCCAGUAGCAAUGGCGACAAAGUGCAUCAUCGGCGCGCUGAUCGGAUCCUUGGGCGUUGCGUACGUCUCCGACACGAUCGUUUCUGACAAGAAGAUCUUUGGAGGGACUGUUUGCAAGACCGCGACCGACAAGGAGUGGUUUCAGGCCACGGACGCCAAGUUCCAGGCCUGGCCUCGCACCGCUGGGCCGCCGGUCAUCAUGAACCCCAUCAGCCGCCAGAACUUCAUCGUCAAGAACCCCUGAAUAGGUGGCACAAGCGGCAUCUUGCUCCCACCAUGGGAGCCCAAGUUUAGUUUCUUUUUUGGGUUUUGAAGUUCCUAAUAAAAGGGACUUGAAAGUCAGGGUCUACUCUUUUGUUUUACAAAUUUCAGUUUCCGUGAGCAACUUUGAGGUGCUUUACAGCUCGCUCGCUCGGAUUCGGAUUCGGGCCAGACGGAGGAAGUCUUUAUAAGAGCUUGCCGUGAUAAUGACUCUCCUAAAACCCUUAUUUGCG